CGAAGGGGCUAUUGUAAUGAUAAUUAUUAGUAUAAAAGUGUUGCAAUAAGUUUAACGGAGGUAUAGUUCUAAAGUGCAUCUGCAACAGAGAAGCAUCAGUGCAAUAUUUGAACUCAAUCCCAGAAUGAAGUUCAUAAUCGUGGCUGCAUUCACGCUGUUUGCCUUGGUUUCGGCUCAGGAGGAACAGUACACUACCAAAUACGACAACAUCGAUGUGGAUGAAAUUCUGAAAUCGGACCGCCUGUUCAACAACUACUUCAAGUGUCUGAUGGACGAGGGUCCGUGCACUCCGGAUGGUAACGAGCUGAAGCGUAUUCUGCCGGAAGCUCUGAAAACCAACUGUGCCAAGUGCACCGAAAGCCAACGUGCCGGCGCCAUCAAGGUCAUCAACCACGUGAUCGAAAACCGUGCGGAACAGUGGAAGGCUCUGCAGGCCAAGUACGAUCCGGAGGGUAUCUACAUCGAUCAGUACCGUGCCGAAGCGGAGAAGAGCGGGAUUUCCCUGUAAACAUGUACACAUAUCGCAUUACCCAAAACCCCGAAAAUAUUGUGAUGUAUGUAUUUGUCAUCAAGAACGUAGAGUGAUAAAAUAAACAAUCUUAUUUUCGGUCGUGAAA